UCCGCGUUCUAUAAUUCGUUCUAUCACCCAAGCAGUAUGAUUAAAUUAUUCGAAUCCGAGCUCUCUUCCCCACACCCCCACUUCCUCCCUUGAUUCCUCCUCCGCCGCUACCUUUUUAGCUUUAUCGAUCCAUUUGCAAGUCCUCCUCCUUGCAAGAAGUGGAAGAGUCGGACAAAGAGAUGAAGGUACAGUGCGAUGUGUGUGGAAAGGAGGCGGCGGCGGUGUUCUGCUGCGCCGACGAGGCGGUUCUCUGCGAGCCCUGCGACCGCCGGGUCCACCACGCCAACAAGCUCGCCGGCAAGCACCGCCGCUUCUCCCUCCUCCCCUCCUCCUCCUCUCCUUCCCUCCAGUCCCACUCCGUCUGCGACAUCUGCCAGGAGAGACGGGGAUUUGUGUUCUGCCAGGAGGACAGGGCGAUCCUCUGCAGAGACUGCGAUGGUCCCAUCCAUAGCGCCAAUGAUCUCACCAAGAAGCACAAUAGAUUCCUCCUUACCGGCCUCCGCCUCUCCUCCACACCCAUCUCCUUCUCCUCCUCCUCUCCGGAGGCAGAGAUGGUUGCGGCUAGUAACAACAACAACGUUCCCGAAAGCAAUCAAGAUAAGGCCUUGCCGGCGGAUGAUUUGGUCUUGUGCAGCAGCGAUAGCAGCAUCACCAGCUCCACCUUCGCCGCGGCCGCCCCGGUGGCAGGCGACAGCAGCACCGGCGGGGGCAGCAGCAUCUCUGACUAUCUCAUCAAGAUGUGCCCUGGGUGGCGCGUCGAGGACCUGCUUGUCGACGACGCCGCCGCCGCCGCCGCCGCCUUCGCCGCGGAUGGUUUCUCCAAGCAGACGCCGAUGGACGAGAUGCUGCCGUUCAUGGAGGUGGAUCUGGAGGGGGCCGGGCUGGAGGCGGUGGCGGAGGAGUUCCCCAUCUGGGUUCCCCACGUUCCCCAGAUCCCGCCGCCGGAUCUCCCAGCCGUCCCCGGCGGCACCGCCGCCACGGCCGGCGUGCAUUACCAGCCCUGGGUUGCGGCCAAGGAUCUAAACUCCACCCACCAUCACCAUGGCGCGAAGGCGGCCGGCCGAGAGCGGUGGAGCGACGACGCGUUCACGGUGCCUCAGAUCGCCGCCGCAUCGUCGAAUCCCGGCAAGAGACCGAGGCAGCAGCCUCUUUGGUAGUUCUAAGAGAGUGGCUCUGUACUCGCACUUAAUAUUUCAUAUAUAUAUAUAUAUAUAUAUAUAUAUAUAUAUAUAUAUAUAUAUAUAUAUCUUUUUUUAGCUGCUUGUCGUGGUUUUGGUUUUGCGUUUUUUCCUGUGUAUAACUUUGCUGAUUUUUUUUUUUUUCAAAUAACUGGCGAACUGCCCAUUUCUGCGGCCUCUUCUUGUUCUA